AUGUCCUUCAAGCGGGAGGGCGACGACCCCGCGCAGCUCGGGGCGCUGCAGAAGAGACGCGUUGCAGACCUGCUGGCCAGCUACAUCCCCGAGGAGGAGGCGCUACUGCUGCGGAGCGGGAGGUACGCCUGCACCGUGUGCCCCCAUCGCCCCGUCUUCGACACGCUGGACGUGCUGAGCGUGCACAGGGCCGGCAAGAAGCACAGGAACAGCCUGCAGCGCUUCUAUGGCAGGAAGGGCCCGGUCCAGGGCACGGCGCAAAAGCUGCAGCCCAAGGAAGAGGUGCGGACAGAGGGCGCCCCAGCCCCUCUUCUGGCCCGGACCAGGAGGAUUGCCCAGAGUGCUCUGCUGAAAGCGGCUCCCUACAGCAGCUGCUGCCGGAGGCCGGGGGUGCAGGGAAGCAGCUCACGAGCUCGGAGGGGGCCAGACGCUGCCCUGGUGCUGCCAGAGCCACCGCAGAAGGAAGGAGAAGCUGUUGCCAGCAGCCCUGCAGCUGAGCUGCUGGGGCAUCGUGCUGGGCACGCAGGUAAGAGCCAGGCAGUGCCAGGCCCCAGCAGCAGCAGCGAAGCUUCCCCAGGCCGGGGGCAGCCCAAAGCCCUGAGCCCCGAGAGGCGCCAGGCCCUGGAGCAGUACCUGAGGCUGCGGAGCGCUGGUUGGCUCCGGGACCCCGCGGGCAGGUGGGUGAAGGACGAGAACGCGGAGUUCGACUCUGAUGAGGAGGAGCCCCCCCUGCUGCUGCCGGCCUGAGCCCCCCCUG